AUGACACAUUCUAUUAUCCAAGAUGAACAACCUUAUGAAUUAAUUAACAAAGAUUCAUAUAUUGAUCAUAAUCAAGUUUCAUUUCAAUUUAAUAAUAAGAACAAUAUUCAACAUUUGAAUGAAGAAUCAACUACUUCUUCAUCUAAAUUGAUUGAACAAGCAUUAAUUGAACAUAUUUCUUCAAUUGAUCAUGAAGAAUGUGAAGCAGGAGAUGAAGAUUCAUUUUUUGUUUGUGAUUUAGGUGAAGUUAUUAAAUCAAUUGAAAUUUGGCAAAAAUAUUUACCUAAUAUUUUACCUCAUUAUGCUGUUAAAUGUAAUACUAAUAUUGAAAUUAUUAAACUUUUAUCAAAUUAUGGAAUUAAUUUUGAUUGUGCUUCUAAAACUGAAAUUGAUACAAUUUUAAACUUAGGUAUUGAUCCACUGAGAAUUGUUUAUGCCAAUCCUUGUAAAACAAAUUCAUUUAUUAGACAUGCAAAUCAAUCACAAGUUAAUUUAACUACCGUUGAUAAUGUUCAAGAAUUAUAUAAAUUAAAGAAAUAUCAUCCAAAUUGUGGUAUUUUAAUUCGUAUUAUUACCAAUGAUGAAACUGCUCAAUGUAGAUUAUCAACUAAAUUUGGUUGUGAUUUAACCACUUGUAUUAAUGAAUUAUUACCAUUAGCAAAAGAAUUAGAUCUUGAUAUUAAGGGGGUUGCAUUCCAUGUUGGAUCAGGGGCAAAAGAUUUCCAAUCAAUCUAUACCGCCAUCAAAGAUGCCCGUAUUGUAUUUGAUGAAGCAAUUUCAAUGGGAUUUAAUAUGAAGAUUUUGGAUAUUGGUGGAGGGUUUGAACGGGAAACUUUCCAAGAAUCUUCUAAAAUGGUUCAAAUUGCAAUUGAACAAUUUUUUAACACCGAAUUUGUUAAUCAACAUGAAAUUAAAUUCAUUGCUGAACCAGGUAGGUUUAUGGUUGCUAAUGCUUUCACAUUGGCAACUCAUAUUAUUGCCCGUCGUGAUAUUAAAGAUUCUCAAGAAGUUGAUGCAAUGCUUUAUGUUAAUGAUGGAGUUUAUGGAAAUAUGAAUUGUAUUUUAUUUGAUCAUCAAAAUCCAAUUCCAUAUGUCUUAACUCAUGAAAAUAAGUUUUAUUACAACCAUCAAAGUGCUAAGAACUUUUCAUUUUCAAUUUGGGGUCCAACUUGUGAUGGAUUAGAUUGUGUUGCUAAAUCAAGUAAAUUGAGUCAUGAUGUAGCUGUUGGAGAUUGGUUAUAUUUCCCUAAUUUGGGUGCUUAUACUUCUGCUGCAACUACUCAAUUUAAUGGGUUUAAAGGUGAAGCUAAAGUUAUUUAUGUUAACUCUGCUUCUUCUUCUUCUUCCCAAUGA